CAUUGUGUCGCGGGGAGGGAGGUUGAAGUCGGGGGAGAGGCAGGAGCGGGGUCACAGUCCAUUUUUAGGACCACACGAAACUAUGGACAAACUAGGUGUAGACAGAUUAAAUGGACCGCGAUCGAUCACUGGAGUGAGGGGAGGCCCCCAGCAGAAGGCGGGCCUGUAGCGGUGAUCUGAGGGCAACCCUUGUGCCCCACUUUCUAGUCGACGCACCUUAACCUUUGGGGGGGGGAGGGGGAGUGGGGAGGCAAGGAGGGAGCCAGUGACACCCGGCUUGGGCUUUCCAGGGCCUAGUUUCUAAAUUCGCUGACCGGGAAAAGAAACCCGUUUCUAGGUCCAAUGCGCUUGCCAACCUAAGUUGGCGGGCUCCACGAGACGCUGGGCGCGGCCUCUUUAAGAGGGAUCCGCCUUUUCCUUCCUCCCCCUGUGCGUGCGCGUGCCUGCAGGCUCCCGCCGAUGCCGCCAUCAUGAUCUGCCUGGUGCUGACCAUCUUUGCCAACAUCUUUCCCUCCGCAGCCUGGACCGGCCUGAAUGAGCGGACCUUUCUGGCUAUCAAACCCGAUGGUUUCCAGCGGCGCCUCGUGGGCGAGAUCAUACGGCGCUUCGAAAAGAAGGGCUUCAAGUUGGUGGGGCUGAAGCUGGUGCAGGCCUCUGAGGACCUGCUGCGGGAGCACUAUUCGGCGCUGCGGGACCGGCCUUUCUACAGUCGCCUAGUCAAGUACAUGAGCUCCGGCCCCGUGGUUGCCAUGGUGUGGCAGGGACUGGAUGUAGUGCGCUCUUCUCGGGCGCUCAUCGGGGCCACCAACCCUGCUGACUCUGCACCCGGCACCAUCCGUGGAGAUUUCUGUAUUGAAGUGGGCAAAAACGUCAUUCAUGGCAGCGAUUCUGUGGACAGUGCCCGCCGGGAGAUUGCCCUUUGGUUCCAUGCGGAUGAGCUGCUGUGCUGGGAAGACAGCGCCGACCGGUGGCUCUAUGAGUAGUUUGGCUCUGCCUCGGGUAGGGGGGGCUGCUAGGGAGCUUCCUUGGGGUAAGCCUGGGAAGAGAGGGGCUUUACUUUCACAUCUGAAUUCCCCUCCAGGUCCAUGAUGAAAUCCAUUCCUUGUCUUAAGCCCCUACUUUGCAAAUGGAGGUCUGAAUCGAGUAUUCUGUAGGAAAUUUUUCUCCAGGCUGGGCCCUGGAUUGCUUUGCUACACACAAGAACCUCUGGGUAGGUGGCAAGGAGGGGUAGAGGCUCUCCUGGUGUUUGGCCUGGGAAUGAGGAGAACCUUAGACCUGAGAGCUAGGUCUUCUCAGGGGACCAAGGCAUGCCAUAUUUGACUGAUUUCAUCAUCCUUUGGGAGAUGGGGACCAGAUAUUUUUGGCAAAAUUGAUAAUUGGGUGAUACCCUCCAUAUACCUUGUUCUAACAGGUCUAUGUGGUCUUUGUAAAUAAUGGGUCAUUUAGCAGUCAGUGUGGCCAGAAUAUUGCUUUGAUGUUGAAGGAGGCCCCCCUCCACUCCAACCCAAUGCCUUUGGAGAACAUUCCCUGAGCCUGGCUGGGCUAGCCACUUAGGGUAGCCAGGUGUAAGCUGAGUCUGAGGAAGCACAGUGACAUGCCAGACAGAAUCCUCCAGCUUUUUGGUGGCCAGGUUGGGACCUGAAUUGAAUCCUCUUCCCUUUGAGCUGCAGCCCUUCUCCCUCCCUAGGACAGGAUGUUUAUGGCAUAAAGGAAAUGCAACAGCUUUUAAAAAAAUAAUAAAUUCUGUAAAACCCU